AUGUUUGUAAAAGACCCGUGCGGAAUAGUCUGUAUUUUAGUGACGUAUAUCGCAGUAUUUUACGCUGAUUAUGUUGUCAUACGAUGGAUUAUUUUGCAUACGAUGCAAGACAGCUUGCAUUGCGUGAUAUUAGUCCUGGAAUCAGCUCUAUUCGGAAUGUUCGUGGUAGCAAUCCUAGUAGAUCAAUUCCAAGCGAUUCUCGGAGAUGAAACAGCAAUUGAGCGGCUUCAGGGUGGACACAAUCACUACCACCAUCAUCCAAAAUCACGUCGUGCUAUCACACUUCUCUCCCAGGUCUGCGGCAAAAGUCAUCCUAUUUUGUGGCUCUUUCCUUGUCACAAUCCACCGCGUUAUUCAUUCCGUCGUGAUGAUCGACUACUCGAUCACGAAGUAUAA